AGCUUCGUCUGGGUCGUCCAUCCAAUGAUCCAAAUAUCCAUUCAUCCCAAACUUCUCACUCCUAUCCAUCCACUCCACUCCGGCGUCGUCCCUUCGCCGCCGUCCAAAACAGAGAGCGAGUGCUCUGUGCUCCUCACCAUCGCCACCUUCUCUCUCCUCCCCGGCUCCCUCGGAUUUCUUCGCUACCCAAAAGGCAAGAAUGUUGUCAUGCUCGAGCUCGGCUCAUUGACAGCCGCCCUCCCCCGCUCAAGGCUCAGCAGCUCAGGGCCUCAGGUUCAUCUCUUCUCUUACUUUUCCCUUUCUCUCGAAGAGAAACUCUCUCCCGGUCUCCUCCCUUGCUCGACAUCUUCCUUCCCUGGCGGCGACGACUGGGCGAGCGGCGGCCCAACCCUUUGCCGGCGACGAGCGCAUCCUCCAGGUGCAUUUGCCCUUGUGUUCCAAGUACCACUGGGGCUAGGAACAUGUGAUCGCCGUUUCAUGACCUUCAUGAGCUGUUGUGCGGUCAGCUUUAACAGCAUUGCACUCCGGCUUCUUGUCGAGGAUAUGAUCCAGCGCCAGGGUACCUGUGCAUGUAAGAUGUUCACCCUUGGUUCCCACAGGAAGAGGGUGAGGCACCCGGUGGUCUUCGCGAAGAAGAGGCGGCGGCCCAAGAAGUGGGAAAGUCCAUGGUGGAAGCCAUUUUUCUCAGAUUGGAAUGAUGAUGAGGAGAAUUUGGCUGGCUUGAAGGAGGAUGACGAAUCGUUUGAGGAGAUUGGCAGUGACCAAGAGCUGUCGGAGAAUGAGAAGUUUGAGACAUGGAGGAGGAAAGCUGAGGCUAUUGUUGAGCUGCGGGAAGCCCAGCAGGAUGCUAUGAAUGCUGAGGAACGGUCGUGGGAGGAUUGGAUCAGUGGGGGCAGCACGUCAGGGGGAGGAGACUGGGGCGGGGAUGUGAGCGUGUUGGACCAGAUAACUGAUGAUCCUGCAGAGAUACUGAGGGAUAAGAGCGCCAUUGAAGUUUUCGGAGAUUCCAUUGAUGAAGAUUAUGAUGACAUGUUGCUUGAAGAUCGAGUUUUUAUGUAUGCCUCAACAAAUUCGGCCAAAUUUCUGGCGCUACUGAUUGUGGUUCCGUGGGUGAUAGAUUUUCUAGUCCAUGACUAUGUUAUGAUGCCCUUUUUGGAGAGAUAUGUCCAGAAGGUACCGCUUGCUGCUGAGUUACUUGAUGUAAGACGCAGCCAAAAGCUCCAGAUGGUUAAAGACCUAAAUAUUGAGAAGGCAAGAUACCGUUUUGAAGUAGAGAUUGGUAAAUCUCCUCCACUUUCUGAUGAGGAGGUCUGGUCAGAGCUGCGGGAAAAAGCGUUAGAGUUGAGAGAUGAAUGGAGAUUAGAAAACCGGAAUGCUUUUGCAAAUAUAUGGUCUGAUAUGGUUUAUGGGAUUGUGCUAUUCCUUCUUAUCUGCUUCAACCCGAGCAAAGUUGCGAUGCUGAAGUUCACAGGAUAUAAGUUGCUAAAUAACAUUUCAGACAGUGGGAAGGCCUUUCUUAUUAUUCUAGUAUCAGACAUCCUUCUAGGGUACCAUUCAGAGCCAGGUUGGCAUACGAUGGUAGAGGUUAUUCUGGAGCACUAUGGGCUUGAAGCUGAUCAAGCUGCAGUCACAUUUUUUGUUUGUUUGGUUCCUGUUGCUUUCGACGUGUUAAUAAAGUUUUGGGUAUACAAAUACCUUCCGAGAUUAUCACCCAGUGUGGGCAACAUUUUGGAUGAAAUAACGCGGCACUAGAGAAUUUCUUUUUUGAUUGUUUUCAUUGGGAAAUCGCUUGGAAAAUUGUCACCUUCGAGGUAAGAGUAGAUGAAUAUUCUAUUGGAUUAACAUUCCAAAUUUUGAGUUCUAUAAAGGACCUCUUUGUCUGAACGGCCUCAUAGAACGCCUGCCUGAUCAUCAAUCGGGCAUGUCCAGGAAUUGGCGAAGCUAGCAAUAUAUCUCCGGCUGAACAUAAAGAUUCUGCACCAGAUCCCCUACAGGAAAAUUCAGAUUAUUUUGACCUUGAUAUUUAUCAGUGGCAAUCGGUUUUGCCUUGGAAAUUCUCACAAGCGGAGCCAUGCUUUAGUUCAGUUUCUUCUGUGCAAAUCCUGAAGAAAGUAUAGCAUACAUUGUGGUGAAUUCAAUAUGCCUCUUGAUUUUUUUCGAAUACUUGCUUGAAUUAAUGGCCUGAGUCUAUCAAGUGUUGUAUACAGCUUCACGUCUUGGAAAUUAAAACUUGCAAGUCUUUGAAAAUUUCAUAUUUCAAUCA